AUGGGGCCAUCAGAUGUUUUCGAUGGCAGCUAUUUUCUGCACCUGAAUGUUGGCGACCUCAGCGACGGGGUGCAUCUGAGACCCGGCGCCACGAUUGCCUUGCAAGGCUGGGCUCACGGUCGCUUCCUGCGCAUGAACACGUCGAUAAUCGAUGCCUCAAUUCCCACGGACUGGACUUGGGAACGCUUCACCGUUGUUGAUGCCGGAAACGGGAAGAUCGCGCUGCACAACACCUUCCACAACCGCUUCGUGCUCAUGAGCAGCACGGGGAUGGACACAAGUGGCUUCCGGGCUGCCGAUGAGCUUCCUUCAGACGCGAUUUGGGAGCGAUUCACUGUGGUCGAUGCCGGGGAUGGCUCCAUCGCUUUGCACAGCGGUGUCCACAGCCGCUUCGUCUCCUUGUCGGAUGACGGGAUCGUGGGCGUGAGCGAAGAAAGGAAUGCAUCAGAUCUGCCGUCGGCCAUUGAGCGCUUCCGUGUCGUGCAGGACUCGCUUCCAGAUCCUGAGAGCUGGGAGCUCUUCACAGUUGUCGAUGCUGGGGAUGGAAAGAUCGCGCUCCACAACGCUGUGCACAACCGCUUUGCAACCUGGCUUUGGGGAUUCCUGGUGAGGAUGAACGGCGAGGACAUGGAGACCAGUGUCUCGAAGGCCAGCAGUGACUUCCCUGUGUAUUCCGCCGAGGAGAGCUUUGCAGUGAGGUAUUUCCCUUCAACUGGCGAGAUUGCUUUGCACAACACGUUCUUCAAUCGCUACGUCCGCAUGACAGAGCUGGUAGUGGACAGCAGCGAGCAAGUCGAUGAGCAGGACUUUCUUGAUGUUGUCCCCGAGCAGAACUUCAAGAUCGUGACGGUCGCCGGAGUCCCCGAAGUCUCCGAAGCUUUCACGCAGGUGUUUGCACUUGAGAGCCCCGAGUUCGCAAAAGGCGACGGCGAAGAGAGGCAUCUACGCUUUCGCUAUUGCAUGAAGACAGUGGAAAUAGGCCGCAUGAUGCUCCAGUCCUGGGAUGGUGCGAGUUGGACCACAGAGUGGUCUCCGCGUGGUUACCAGAUCGGUGUUUGGAACCGAGCUGAUGUACGGUUGCCGGAUGAUGCGCAAGCAUUGCGCUUCCUCGGGAUCACGAGUGGGCCGGACAGCAACAUGGGUCUAGCAGGUCUAGCUUUAGACUUAUUGCAGACUUUCAAUCUUUCAACAGCAACUCCAUUGCCGAACUACGAUAUCGUGGCGUGCAGCUUUGAGACCGACUCCUGCAGUUGGAGAGCCGUGAGUGACCAGGCUUGGAGGCUGGGAACUGGCUGGACGCCGUCAUCUGAUACAGGACCCUCGGCUGCCUUCGAUGGCAACCGCUACAUGUACCUGGAGGCGAGUUCGCCGAAUUAUCCCAACAAGGUGUUUGUGCUGGAAAGCCCCGUGUUCAGAAAGUUCGACGGUGAAGAGCGGCACAUGCAUGUCCACUACCACAUGCACGGAGAGUCCAUGGGCCAGCUGACACUGCAAUUCUGGCACGGCAUGCAGUGGACCACUGUAUGGUCGCUCUCCGGAUCCCAGGGUGACGAGUGGCAUCAUGCUCUCGUGACACUACCAGAAGAUGCACAAGCACUCCGCUUCCUCGGCAUGACCGGGACAGGCUGGGCCAGCGACAUCGGCUUAGAUAAGCUGCAAGCAGCCGGCGCGUCUUCUAUGGUUGAAUGCAGCUCUCCUCGUACUGCAUGUGACUGGACAUCGGGAACCGUUGACCAGGAGUUCGUGUUGCAGAGUCCCGUGUUUACAGAGGGCACUGGCUUAUACUUCGAAUACCGCAUGUACAGCUUGAAUGGUGACUCCAUUAGCAUGCAGCUACAAGCUUGGAAUGGAUCCCUUACAGAAUGGCAAACCGGUGACUUGGCAGUGCACGCAAUAAGAACAGCCGUCGCGGUGGAAGACUUGGCUUGCGAUGAUUUUCAGGUCAACUGCCUUUGGUUGGAGCAUGGCACUGUUGGUCCCAACAGGGCGGCGUGGAGAGUGGCGGACGUCGGUUUGGAAGCCAGCGGGGAGAAGAGCGAAACAGCUGUACUUGACAGUGCCCACAUCCGGAGCGUUGGUUUCGAGGCCGCUUUUGUUCUCAGCUUCCAAGUCGUUGGGCCCACAGCAGGCCUGGAGAUGCAGCAACUCACUGAGACCGGUUGGAUGCAUCUCCAAACCACAGCUAUCUCUUCUAGUUACUCUGGUUGGCAACUGGUCACGGGCCCGAUCUCGGUGCAGACGCGGGCGCUACGCCUGCUAGCGACAAUGAACAGCACGACAGAUCUUGUGAGGGUCCGCUCAUUCCAUUCAGAGACGGGCGCUUCCCGAAGCGUUCAAAGCCUCGAGGAUGCGCACUGCGACUUCGAGGAUGGCUUCUGCAAAUGGACGGGGGACUGGCUGCGAACCGAUGGCAGCAGUGCGGCGUUUCGUGGCCAGGCAUUCGCCUCUGCCUCGCAGACAAGAGCGCUGGAUUCAGCUACAGAGGUGCUCUUGAAGAGUCCGUUUUUCCCCGGUGCUGAUGCGGUCGACCUGGCCUUUGCCUUCCGCAUGCGUGGGUGGGCAUCCUUCAAGCUGUCACUAGACAUGUGGAGCUCGGAUGGCUCUUGGCAGGAGCGCUGGUUUGAGGAAGGCCAGCAAGGGGAGGGUUGGCAGCAAGUCAAGCUGCGCCUGCCAGCAACAGUUAAUCGUGUUCGCUUCAGGGGCUAUAUGCCCCCAUACAGUUCCUCCUUUAUCGCAGUUGACGACGUCCUGCUGCUGUCUUCGCAUGAGCAUGCUAAGCCGACUACCAUGGUCCUAGCUGGUGGGCACCAUCACCAGUGCGGCCUGGCUUUUGGACAGCUCAAGUGUUUUGGAAAGAACAGCGCAGGGCAGUUGGGCUACGGCACUUCCGACGACAUAGGCGAUGACGAGGACGAGGUCGGUCUGCAAUUGCCCGUGGUGGACGUUGGAGGUACAGUCUUGCAGGCCUGCGGUGGAGCUAAUCACACUUGCGCUGUUCUUCAGCGUGGCUCCCUGAAGUGUUGGGGGUCGAACAUUUAUGGGCAGAUAGGUUCUGCAAACGCGACUGGCCUCGGUGAUGAUCUCAACGAAAUGGGGGACUCGCUGCCUGCUGUCGAUCUGGGCAAUGGCACAAAGGCGAGCCAGGUUGCCUGUGGCUCUGCCCACACUUGCGUUCUACUUCAUGACGGGGCCAUCAAGUGUUUCGGGUACAAUGGGGAUGGGCAGCUGGGCUUGGGCGACAGCAUGAACCGCGGAGAGCAGAGCUGGCAGAUGGGAGAUGCGCUGCCCACUCUGGAUCUGGGCAGUUUCAGAGCAACCCAGGUCACUGCAGGUUUCCGGACUUCAUGUGCCCUUUCCUCGGAUCGCGUGCUUUGCUGGGGACGUCAGUUCCCCAGUUGGGAAAUCGUGGACAACGUUUCGUCGCUUGCGACCAUCGGCUUCGACCAGCAGGCGACGCAGAUCGGAGCAGGCGAACACCACGCCUGCGUUCGUCUAGCAGAUGGACGCAUGCGAUGCUGGGGUCAGAAUGAAGACGGCCAGCUUGGUCUCGGUGACACCGUUAGUCGAGAGGCCCACGAGGCAGCUGAUGUCGACCUCGGCUCCCCAACCACACAGAUCUUCGUGGGCUCGCAUCACUCCUGCGCAGUCUUGCAGGAUGAGAGAACCCUGUGUUGGGGUCGCAAUAGCGACCGGGAGCUUGGGCGAGGCACCGCAAUCCCUAUCUACACAAGCCCAGGAGAAGUGCUCGUGGAAAAGGUCCAAAGCCUGUCGAUGGGCGAGGGGCACAUCUGCUUUUUGCAGAGCGGAGGCUCCAUGUCGUGCUUCGGUGCGAAUGACCACGGCCAGUUGGGGGUGCCACUUGGCGAGGAGUCGGCAGAAGAUGGAGCAGCUCUGGUGCCCCGGCUUUUCAGCGCUCGGACGCCAAGAGCCGAAGGCUUGGAGUCCGUUCGCUUGUCGGGAGGCUCCAGCACCUGGGGCUUCCUCGAAGUGCUGCGCGAGGGCAUUUGGUCACCGGUGUGCGAUGAUGGCUUCGACACGGCCGCAGCGACUGUGGCUUGCAAGGACCCCGCACCAUGGGGGGACUUGGGCAUGGCUGCUGGGAUGCCUUUGGAUUCCUUUUAUGUGCUCAACAACACUGCCUUCGCAAUUGAUGACAUCAGUUGCAACGGCGAAGAACUGCUUGCACGCGAGAGCUCCAAAGGCGCGGAAUCCCGAUGGAAGAGUUUUGAUAGAGUGCAGUGCAGCUGGGAUGACUGGGUCGACUACACCGUCGCAGGGCCGAGGGCCCGGCAUGGGCAUAGCAUGGUCUGGGAUGCGGAGCAGCAAACCGCUCUCAUCUUUGGCGGACCUCUGGCAAUAUCACUGGCCUUCCCGAGCCUGGACAUUGCUGCCAGCCAAUGGUCCAUCACCAUCAACCAGGCACUGACGCAAGAGUUCUCGAACAUCCCCACGGGUCCGGCCACUGCCAAGAGCAAUAGAGGGAACAUGGCGGAACACCUGCUUGCUAUGUUGAAUGUAAUGUCCGUGUAG